AUGGGCAUGGCGCGCACGUGUAGCUAUGACAGGGACCGCGGCCGCGGAACACCGGCGGCGGACGGGGCUGGCGCGCAAGCGCCGGCCACCGUCGUGCUGCCGGGGCGGGGAGGCGCAGCGGACCCUGGAAUGGCUCCGAUCGCGCGCAACUGGAGGACGCAGGUGAUAAAGCCUGGCUACGCGACCAUCGAGGUCGACCUGAAGCACGUGCAGGCGGCGGAGCGCUCGUACAUCGAGCGCACCGCGCCGAAGAAGAAGGAUCCCACCAAGGAGCAGCUCGCGGCUCGAGCCGCGGCACGCAAGGCCAAGAAGGCCCGGCAGAAGGCGCGCCGGGCGGAGGAGGCUGGCGAGCGCGCCGCGAGCGAGGCCGAGCGUGCGGACUACCCGCACGCGCAGCUGCGCGAGAACGUCGAGUUCGUGAUGGAGGGCCUGGAGGCUGCGACGCAGGCGGCGCGCAACCACCGG